AGCUGUAACAUCUGUGAUGGAUCUGCUCACUUUACAACGUUACAGUGCGACAACUCUUGGUGCUGGGCGGUGGUGCUGGGCACUGGAGUAUCGCACACAACGAUACAGCGCUACAAAUACCCGUGACUUCUCUGCCAUCCUCCACAACUCUUUGCCAAUUACCACCAUUAUCCCCACACAAUGAGCUCUAAAAACGAUAAGGAGCAUGCCACCCUCACUGCCUCUCUUGUGAAGGAAUUACCAGAGAUUGUUGAAGAAGCUGAGUACGAUGAGCUUUGGGGGUAUCAACUGACGCCAGAUGGCCAGUUCUACAACGCCGCUAUAGCUGAGAACCUCGUUUACAAGUUUUUGAAGGCUAACAACUGGGACGCCAAAUUGGCUAAGGAGCAGCUCACAAACACGCUCAAAUGGCGUAAGCAGUUUGAACCCUUGAAGGCUGCGUUUGAAGAGCAGCAUGCCGAGAAGUUUGACCGUGUUGUUGCGUUGACACAGUAUGGUUAUGAUGUUGUUACGUGGAACCUGUACAACUUGAAAGGUAAGUUCAAGCCAAAGGACUUGUUCACUGACCUCGAUGCCUUUCUGAGAUUCAGAAUCGGUAUCAUGGAGAAGAGCUUACAAAAGCUGGAGUUUGAUAGCGAUAGCAAAGACUAUAUGAUCCAGGUCCACGACUAUGAAGGUGUUAGCUUUAUGAGAUUCGAUCCUGACAUCAAGAGAGGUUCAAGGGCCACGAUCAAGCUGUUCCAGGACAACUACCCAGAACUGCUGAAGAAGAAAUUCUUCGUCAACGUCCCGACACUGAUGACGUGGGUGUACGACUUUGUAAAGCUCUGGUUGAACAAGCAGACAACAAGUAAAUUCGUCAUGCUUUCGAGUAGUGGUGAUCUGGCUAAACACAUCAGCCCACAAGUGCCAAAGAGCUAUGGAGGUAAGGGUCUGGCACUUACUGAACAGCACAUCUCUGAGGUUACGCCAACGGCCUACACGUCAUUCUUACUACAACAGGAGUUCACCAACGAGAUGGAUUGAUAGUAACGUGUGUAUUAUGUAAUUGGGAAUUCUUUCUCUUUCUGUAUUGUAUCUGUUGAUAAUAGCGAGGCUUAAAUGAAUUUGAGAACUGUCUCGUGUUGAAUAACGUCGUGCAAUGAGUGUAGUGUCUCAUAAAGCUCCGAGGCGUCGCCAUACUCCUUCUGUAAAUCGUCGCAAAGGUCCA